UUAAUUGGCUUUCUUUUCCUUUCCCUCGGAUUCUUCUUCUUUUUUUCACUCUCUGGUUUUCAUGCCUCAUCUCACUAAUUGUGCCCUUUAGCUGCUUUUUUUCACUUGGAGUUGGUACACUCAUUCACUCAUCUUUCAAUGGCAUAAAAAAAGUUUUUUUUUUUUUUUUUUAAUUCACUUUUGCAUUUGGAGUUUAUGGGGUGGAAUGAAAUGAUGGCUUUGGCUUCCAUUAUUAUUGGUUUCUUCAUUUGCAUGUUUUUUUUUUCUCUUCUGGGUUUCUAGAGAAUCUUGCAAUUACAGUGUGCUUUGAGAUAAUAAUGCUGAGGAAGAGGAACAGGUCAGUGCAGAAGGAUCAACACCUCAUGUGUGAAGUCAAUUCGGAGCACUAUUCUCAAUCUCAUCAUGCUUUGGGGCGAAACAACAUUAAGGGCCACUCAAUUUUCAAUGUCCCUUGUCUUUUUGUGGGUCUAGGUCCAAAAGGCUUGUUGGAUUCUGAUUCAGUUAGGAGCCCCACUUCUCCACUCGAUGAUGCUAGAGUUCUUUCAAAUCUAGGCAAGAACCCUGUUAGGAAGCCAAGAUCUUCACACCAUGAAAGGAGCUGGGAUUGUUGCAAAGUAGGUCUAGGCAUUGUGGAGUCUUUGGAAGACUGUUCUAGUUCUAGGUUUUCUGGGAAAAUUCUCCAGUCACCAGAGAGCAAGAGAGUUAGUCUCAGUCCCCAAAUGAUGAUGAUCAAAGCCCCAAAUUGCCAAAUCCACAGGGAUUCUUCUCUUGAGGGAUCUAAGUCUUUGCCCAAAGAUUUUUGUAAGGCUCCUCCUUAUUAUGCCCACCAAAAUGGAUCUGUUGUUAUCCACAAGGGUGAAUGUGAAUCUGAGUCCACUGUUCUUUUUGAGAUUGGGGAAAGUGGCCUUGAGCUUGAGCCGUUUGGGAGAACCAGGUCUUGUUCAUUGGACUCAUGCAGUCCACUGAAAGCUCUCUCUGGUGUAACCACUUUUUAUUCUAAUUCAGACACUGAUAAUAAUUUUGCUGUGAAAGAUGUGAGCUCCCCUCCUCGUUUUAUUGGAGGAAGCCAGAACUCAAAUAAUAACUUCACACCUACAAAGCUGAAUUCAACCACACUUUCCAUUAGCCCUUCCAAUGAUAUCAUCAAGUCUCUAUCAGCUAGUGAGAUUGAACUAUCUGAGGACUACACUUGUGUGAUUUCCCAUGGCCCCAAUCCCAAAACAACUCACAUUUUUGGGGAUUGCAUUUUGGAGACUCAUUCUAAUGCAUUUAAAACCCAUUUCAAGAAUGAAGAGAAGGAGCAUGGAGUGAAGCCAUUGGGUAGCAACAAGUUAGGGAGUCCUAAGCCAUAUCCCUCUAGUGACUUCUUAAGUUUCUGCCACCAUUGCAACAAGAAACUUGAAGAGGGGAAAGACAUUUAUAUUUAUGGGGGUGAAAAGGCAUUUUGCAGUUUAACUUGCCGUGCCAUGGAGAUCAUGAUUGAUGAGGAACUAGAGAAAUCCAACACCAACCCUCCUUGUGAAAGCUCUCCAAAGCCAAAACUUGGUGAGCUGCUUUUUGAAACAGGAAUUCUCACAGCUACAUAAAGAGGCUUUAUUUGUCACAUGCACACCACUUUGUCCAUGAGAAAUGGUACACGCACCUGAUCAUCUGUUCACAAUUGGAGCUGUUUUAUGUGCAUCUAUUAGCAGCCAUGGAUGAUGAUCGUUUUGUACAUCAUUGCGUUUGCCUGGAAUUGGUCUUUAAGCUAUGUCAUGGUCUUUUUUGGUGAAUUGUGGCUUUCAUUAAGCUAGUUUUUUUUCUCUCCAUAUAAAUAGAGAUAUAUGUUAUCAACCAUUGAUAGCCUGCAGAAAAUUAAAGGGUUGAGGCCUAUUUUUCUGGCUUCCCCUUUUGGAUUUUCUUUGCAAUUAUCUCUAUAUUGUCAAUGUAUACAACCCAAAAAAAAAAAAAGUUUUUUGACUUCUAUGAUAUGUUAUUUAUCCUAGUUUAUAGUUUAUUAUACAA